GUUCCUGAAGUGCGCUGAAAGCAGAACCCCUAUGUUUUAUUCCUCAGUGUGAGAACUUCAGUGUACACACGAUCAGCUGACUGCAUCUGAUACCUGUUUAAGGUAUGGAGGGAUGAGUGUAGGAGCGUCACACCCUGAGGGAAGAAGCUGCUCUGUCCUCUGGGUGAUCUGCAGGCUGAGGCAGGGGUGUAGCCUUUGAAAAUGGAUGCUGCUGAGGAGACUGUAAAGCCUCCUGAGCUGCCUGCCUCAUCCUGCCUGUCCAUGAAGAGUGACGCCUCCAAAAAUAUCCUUCACGAGUUCACCAAGGAUGCAGCUGAAGGCUCAGUCGAUGCUGAAGAAUCAAACCUGCCUACCUCAUCCUGCCUGUCCAUGAAAAGCAAUGCCUCCAUAAAUAUCUAUCAUGACUUCAACAAAGAAGCACAUACAAGUUCACUUACUUUGGACCAAUCCAACUUGCCUGACUCAUGCCUGUCCCUGAAAAGUGACGCCUCCAUAAAUAUUUAUCAUGACUUCAGCAGAGAUGUCGCCAACAGGGGCCAAAGUGAAUGCACCGAAUCAACGGAGAUGGAUGGAACAGCCAUAUUCAAGGCGGUGGAAGAACACGCCAAAAACAUUUUGUGGCGUGAGCUAAAAAGGUUUGAAAGGAUUCUCUUUCCAAACCUUUCACAACCUGCUGAGAGCAACGAGCAGAAUGAAGACUGCCUGAGCUCCGUGGAUCCAAAGGAAGACACCAGUGCCAGUGAGGGCGCUCUGAAGAUUACAUUACACGUCCUGAGGACAAUGGGUCAGAGAGAGCUUGCCAACACACUGGAGAAAAACGUUUAUGGGGAGCUUGACGUAUGCCAGCGCAAACUCCGGCGCAGACUGAAGAAGUUUGAAUACAUUUAUGAAGGAGUGGCACGACAUGGAAAUCAGACACUUCUCAACAAGGUGUACACUGAGCUCUACAUCACAGAGGGAGUCUGUGAAGGUGUUAAUAACGAACAUGAAGUGAGGCAAGUGGAGGCUGCAAACAGAAGACGAGCACUUGAAGAUAAACCCAUCAAAUGUGAAGACAUCUUCAAGCCCCUGCUCGGACAAGACCGAUUCAUCAGAACCGUGAUGACUAAAGGCAUUGCUGGCAUUGGGAAAACCAUCUCUGUGCAGAAGUUUAAUCUGGAAUGGGCUGAGGGAAGAGUGAACCAGGACCUCCAACUCCUGAUGAAUCUUCCGUUCAGAGAGCUCAAUCUGAUGAAGGAGAAACGCCAAACACUGACGCAGCUUCUUCAUCAUUUUCUUGAAGAGGCAAAAGAAACAGGAAUUUCCAAUUUUGGCAAGUACGAGGUUGCGCUGAUAUUUGAUGGCUUGGAUGAGUGUCGACUACCCCUGGACUUUGAGUGCAAUGAGUCCUGCUUCAGUGACUCAGAGCCAGCUUCAGUGGAUGUUCUCCUGACGAACCUCAUCAAGGGGAACCUGCUGCCCUCUGCACACAUCUGGAUCACCUCCAGGCCUGCAGCUGCAAAUCGCAUUCCAGUUGAUCUUGUCGAUCGUGUGACAGAGAUACGAGGGUUCAACAACCCCCAGAAGGAAGAGUACUUCAGGAAGAAGAUCUCUGAUCAAAACAUGGCCAGCAAAGUCAUCUCACAUGUCAAGACCAUCAGGAGCCUCCACAUCAUGUGCCACAUACCGGUCUUCAGCUGGAUCUCUGCAACUGUUCUGCAGAGGAUUUUAGAAGACAGUGAAAGACAGAAAGUGGAGGAAGGUGGGAGAAAAAGGGAUAUGCCUGAAACCCUGACACAGAUGUACACUCAUUUCCUUGUGCACAACUCAAUGAUCAAAUCUGAGAAGUAUUCAGGAAGACAAGGGGCAGCUAAAACAGAGUCUCAGGACAGAAUGGACCAAGAGAUGAUCUUGAAGCUUGGAAAACUGGCCUUUGAGCACCUGAUGAAAGGAAAUAUGAUCUUCUAUGAGAAUGAACUGGAGGAGUACGACAUCAACAUUCAUGAUGCUGCAGUGUACUCAGGAGUGUUCACACAGAUCUCAAAGAAUGAUUUUGGAGUUCAUGUGGAGAGGGUCUAUUGCUUUGUGCAUCUCAGCAUUCAGGAGUACUUUGCAGCAACGUAUGUGUUCCACACAUUCGUGUGCCUCAAUCAGAACUUGCUGAAGCCACAAGAAACAACGACAGACCAGGAGUCUCCCCGUGACGUGACCAGCCUUCUCCAGAGUGCAGUGGAUAGAGCUUUGCAGAGCGACAACGGACACCUAGAUCUGUUCCUUCGCUUCCUUCUUGGCCUCUCACAGACCUCCAAUCAGACUCUGUUGAGGAGCAUCCUGACCAAAAUGGCGAGCAGCUCGCCAAGAAAUGAAGAAAUUGUUGAGUACAUCAAGCAGAAGAUUCGUCACAACCCUUCCCCAGACAGAUGCAUCAACCUCUUCCACUGCCUCAGUGAGCUGAAUGACCAGUCCCUGUUAGAGGAGAUCCAGCACUUCCUGAGCUCUGGUAGUUUGUCAGAGACCACGCUGUCACCUUCACAGUGGUCCGCUCUGGUCUUCAUGUUGCUGACCUCAAAGGAGGAGCUGGAUCAGUUUGACCUGAGGGAGUACUCACGAUCAGAGGAAGGUCUUCUGUGGUUGUUACCGGUCAUCAAAGAAUCCAGAGUUGCCGUGCUGAAAGAAUGCAACCUCUCUGACAAAUGCUGCAAAGCACUCGGAGAAGUUUUAAGCGAUUCAUGUCUGAAAGAAGUGGAUCUGAGUGAUAACGAUCUUCAAGACUCAGGAGUAGAACUGUUGUCUGCAGGGCUGGCAAGUCCGACAUGUCAGUUGCAAAAACUGAGGCUUCCAUUCUGUGGAAUAACAGAGACUGGUUGUGGCUUUUUGGCUAAAGCUCUGAGGUCCAACCCAACCCAUCUAAAGGACCUGGAUUUGAGUUACAACCACCCAGGGCAACUUGGAAAGGAGCUCUUGUCCUCUGUGCAGGAGGAGAUAAAACACCUGACUAUCAGCUUGACCAACAAUGCAGAGUGCUACUUAAAGUCAUCUCUGAGGAAGUAUGCCUGCCAGCUGACGUUGGAUCUCAGUACCGCCCACUCCCACCUGUCUUUAUCUGAAGACAGGCAACAAAUGACUCGAAUGACAACAGCACAGCCAUAUCCUGACUGUCCUGAGCGAUUCACAGACUGGGGACAGGUGCUUUGUACAGAGGGUUUGUCUUCUCGUUGCUACUGGGAAGUAGAGUGGACUGGGGAACACACAGGUAUCGGAGUAGCGUAUAAAGGAAUCAGCAGGAAGGCCAAAGGUAACGAGUCUGUCCUUGGCUACAAUAAUCAGUCCUGGAGUCUGCGCUGCGUUAAUGGUAAAUACACGGCCUGGCACAACAGAGACAAUGCACACAUGUCUGUCCCCUACUUCAACUCCAAAAGGGUUGGUGUGUUCUUGGACUGGCCAGCCGGCACUCUGUCCUUCUAUGCGGUGUCAUCAAGCACCAUGGCUCACCUUCACACUUUCCACGUUAAAUUCUCUGAGCCAUUGUACCCAGGCUUCAGGCUAGGACUUCCAGACACUACAUUGGUUCUGGGCCGGCUGGAAUACACUUAAAUACUGUUGUAACCUUAACCGGUUCAGCUCAGUCGGUGGAGCAGGCGCCAUAUGCACAGAGGCUACAGACCUCAACGCACUGGUUCUGGUGCACAUCAUUACCCCAGUCUUUCCCCACAUUUCCUCUACUUCAAGCUGUCUUGUCAAAUAAAGGCAAAACCCCCAAAUGAAAUCUAAAACUAAUAAUAUGUUAAAGAUUUAAUGUGUUUUUUUUAUAAAACACACGUUGAAUCAAGGCAUAAUGUUAUGAUUGUUACUAGGACUGGACCCAAAAGCAGAACUCAGGCAAGCUGGAUUGUGAAAAUACAAGUCUUUUAUUUAGAGUGAACUCCGUGGUAAUGGCGCCGUGGGUAACGAGCGGAGCAGUCCCUCUUUCCAGUGUCCUCCCACAGAGGGUAACUGGAGCUCAGGCAAAGGCAGGCAGGUUCAGCAGCAGACAGGGAAGCGAUCAGCACGAGAGCGGGAAGCAUGCACGGCAAUCUCUGAAGCAAGAUGAAAACACACAAGGACGUCAGCUUGACACACACAAAGACAAGCAAAACAAAAAAAUGCUUGAGGAGCCACGGACUCAGUGUACCACUUAAAACUGAAGUACGAUCUGGCAACGAGUAGGAGAGAAUCCGGAGUCUUUAUAGGAGAGGGUUGAUUAUUGAAUGGGCUUCACCUGGUGCUGCCUGUUGAUUGGAAACCCCGCCCACAUUCACCCACAAGACACAAACAAGGGGAAGAGACACAGGAGGAGGAGCAACAGACAGGGAAAUGACAAAACACACACAAAGAGGGAGAGGAGAGGGCUGCCAUGAUGAGGAUCAUGACACAUAAGAUGCUAAAUAUGUUUACACUAUCAGUAUUUAAGGAUCCCUUGAUGUUUGAACAUGCUUUUGUACAUGUCAAGUUAUAAAUGUAGCCAUACCUUACACUCCUAGGGCUUCUUUACUUUCACCAUCCCCUCAGUCCGUAUAGAGAUCAGCUAAGGGGCAUUUUCUUAUUCUGCCCCCCAAUUUUGGACAGAAUUAUAAACUUAUUUCAGAGGCAUUUAAUAGAGCAUCUUUGGUAAAGUUAUCUUGUUCCUAGUACUUCAAGCUGUUCAUUAAUCAGAACUUUUACACAUCUGUUUAUGGUUUGGGGUUUUGUAUUAUAUAACUGGUCUGUCAUUGAGUUAAUCCUGUAUUGUUAGUCGUUUGUGUUUUACUUCACUCAGUGUCAUUAUGUUUGUGUUUAUCCAAGAGCAGUCUCUCUUGAAAAUGUUGUAUAUAGACAUGUACUCUGUUUGUUUUGCAUGAUAAACUAUUUAAUAUUUAAUAUGCAUAAUUUGUCCUGUGUCCUUAUAUUCUGUCUUUUAUUAUGAUUGUACACAUUGUUUG